UUUUUGAGGAAGGAGGGAGGGUGCACGAUAACCCACACAUCUGGGGCUGACUCGUUCUUUCGCAAAAUUUCUGGGAGGAGCCCUCAGGGCCACAAAACUGUCUCCUUCGUGGGGCCAGACUGAGAGGUGCCGGGAGACCACGGAGAGGAGCGGCCGCCGGACAUGGGCCGCCCGCUGCUGCUGCUGCCGCUGCUGCUGUUGUCAUUUCAGACCAGCAUUCCAGCCUCCUGGGGCCUGCAGUGCAUGCUGUGUAAAAGCAACGGGAAUUGCAGGGUGGAAGAGUGUUCCCCCGGCCAGGACCUCUGCAGGACCACAGUCCUGCGCAUACGAGAAGGACAUGAGGAGCUGGAGGUGGUGGAGAGAGGCUGUGCCCAUCCAGAGAAAACCAACAGGACCAUGAGCUAUCGGAUAGACAUGCAGAUCAUCACCCUUACAGAGUCCAUCUGUGGGUCAAACUUGUGUAACCGGCCCAAACCUAGUCGGCCUCCUAUCUUUCCUCGAAGGCAUUACCUCGAAUGUGCUUCCUGUGCCUCAUCAGACCUGAGCUGUGAGAGGGGCUGGGACCAGAGCCUGCAGUGCCACAACCCUGGAGAACAGUGCCUGGAGGUGGUAACUCACCGGAGCCUAGAAGAGAGUCCAAGGGAUGAGCGCCACACCCGGGGCUGCGGCAACCUUCCAGGCUGCCCAGGCCCAACCGGCUUCCACAACAACCACACCUUCCACUUCCUGCGGUGCUGCAACACCACAAAAUGCAAUGGGGGCCCAGUCCUGGAGCUUCAAAACCUGCCACUGAAUGGUUUCCAGUGUUACAGCUGUGAGGGGAAUAGCACCCAUGGAUGUUCCUCCGAAGAGUCUUCCCUCACUGAAUGCCGAGGUCCCAUGAAUCAAUGUCUGGAAGCCACAGGCACUAAUGGGCUGGGGAACCCAAGCUACACCAUAAGAGGUUGUGCAGCCCCCUCCUGGUGCCAAGACCUCCAGGUGGCUGAAGCCUUCGGCCUCACCCAUGUCAACGUCUCAUGCUGUACCGGAAAUGGCUGUAACAAUCCAGCCCUGGACAUCCAGCCCCGCAUUGGGGGCGCCCACCGGUCUGGCCCCGCUCACCUCAACCUCAUUGUCAUCCUGCUUGUGACCGCCCGACUUUGGGGAGGCGUUCUCCUCUGGACCUGAACCCCACAUUCCUCCUGCCCUGGCUGGAUCCAGGGGUCCCCUUUGCUCUUCCCUCAGCUCCCAUCCAAGCAGACUUGCUGUGUGACCUCAGGCCAGUAUGCUGCCCUCUCUGGGCCUUAGUUUUCCCAGCUGUCAAAACCCCUAUCUCAUAGAGCUGUGAGAACCAGAGGAGAAAAGCUAGAGAAGGCUGCGGGCCAGCAGGUGAGAGCUCUUGUGAUAAUUAAUAUUGUUGCCACUAUCGUUAUUAUUAAUUAAUAUUUGUUUUAUUUAAUGUUUUAUACUUAAAUAAAGUUUUUUGUACCAGUGAA